CGCCAUCUCCAAUCCAAAGCCCGAUCGCCCACACCCGAUACCUUCUCCCGGUAAACCCUAACAAAAAUUCCCACUCCCACCAAAAAAAAUUCCUGUAUUCUCCCGGGCAAAAGCACAGAUCGGAGAGAAACUGAAGUUGAAUUAGCGAACAGCAAGAGGCAAAACCAGAAGAGAAGGAAGAAAUGAAGGGCGGGACAGUUCAGAUCAACUGGCACGACAUGAAACCCGUCCUCUCACUCGACUUUCACCCGAUCUCGGGUCUCCUCGCCACCGGCGGCGCCGAUUACGACAUCAAGCUCUGGUUGAUAAGUUCGGGCGAACCGCCGAAGAAAACUCCAGUAGCCACUUACCAGAAUAGCCUUACGUAUCAUGGCUCGGCCGUCAAUGUCCUUCGCUUCUCUCCAUGUGGUGAACUGCUUGCUUCUGGUGCUGAUGGAGGUGAGCUUCUCUUGUGGAAAUUACAUGCAACGGAGUCUGGGAAAGUGUGGAAGGUUCUCAAGAAUCUAUCGUUUCACCGGAAAGAUGUACUGGAUAUGGAGUGGUCUGUUGACUCUGCAUUUCUGAUUUCUGGUUCAGUUGAUAAUUCAUGUAUCAUAUGGGACAUCAACAAAGGUUCUGUGCAUCAGAUGUUGGAUGCUCAUCAACAUUAUGUCCAAGGCGUCGCUUGGGAUCCUUUGGGGAAGUACGUUGCAUCUCUUAGUUCUGAUAGAACGUGCAGAGUUUAUGCCAAUAAAACAAAGACAAAGGUAAAAGGAGUUCCUGAAAAAAGUUAUGUUUGCCAACAUGUCAUAACAAAAGCCGAGCAGCAGCAGCAGGCAAAGGAUAACUCGAAGUCUACAAAAACCCAUCUCUUUCUUGACGAAACAUUGCCUUCCUUCUUCCGAAGAUUAGCCUGGUCUCCUGAUGGUUCGUUUCUAGUUGUGCCUGCAGGUUCGUACAAAAUUUCUCCUUCAUCAGAAACAGUGAACACAGCUUAUGUAUUUUCCAGAAAAGAUCUUUCCAGACCUGCAUUACUACUGCCUGGUGCUUCUAAACCUAUCAUAGCUGUGCGAUUCUGUCCCUUGCAGUUUGCUCUCAGGGGGUCCAAUUCAGCAGCUGGGCUUUUCAAGCUUCCUUAUCGCCUGAUCUUUGCGGUGGCAACUCUGAAUUCACUAUACAUAUACGAUACUGAAAGUGCUCCCCUGAUCACAGUCCUUGCUGGUCUUCACUAUGCAGCCAUAACCGACAUCGCUUGGUCCUCUAAUGGCCAGAUUCUUGCGCUCUCCUCCCAAGAUGGCUACUGCACCUUGGUUGAAUUCGAAAACGACGAACUUGGCUCACCCAUUGCUUCCCAAGUAGGAGCAAAGCAAAGCAUGUCUCCGGAGACUAGUAAUAGCCCAGAUAGCAAGAAACUGGAAGUAACUGUUCUCGACAGUGAAGAAGCACCACCUGCUGCCGUUACUGGCUGCACAGCAGCAGAAGCUGCAGUAGAGAAGACUGGAGAAGAGAAAGUUAUACUAUCGCCAGUUCCAGCUGCAGCUCCUUCGAAUCUCAAUGCAGGUAAUAAGCCGGCGAGGAAACGUAUUACUCCCAUGGCGAUUGAUCCGUAGGAAUCAGGUUGUAUAUCAGGGUUGGGAAAGUAUAGGUAAGCUUGUAGAGAGAGCUCCUCUUUGUGUGUGUGUAUGUAUGUUAGUGUUUUCUCGUUUCUUUUUAGUGGUUCUCUUUCUUUUGCUCUAUAAACUUCACUGAAGCAGGGGACACCAAGGGCUCAACCUGGUUUGGUACUAGUACUCUUAACUAACAAUUCUGGAUUCCAUCCUUUGCCUUCUCAUUUCAGUCUUUUCAACGAAGAAUUCCAUCCUUGUACAUA